AUGAGUUUGACGGCAGAUCUGUUGAAGCAGAUCAUCCAAGAGAGAUUGGAGGCAGAGCUUGUCCAGGUGGAAGACAUGUCUGGAGGGUGUGGCCAGGCGUUUCUGGUGGUGAUCGUGUCAUCUAAGUUCCAAGGGAAGAACAAGUUGAUGAGACACCGUAUAGUGAAUCACGCAUUGAAGGAAGAGAUUGCUGGGAUCCAUGCCUUUACACAGAAACAGUUUACUCCUGAGGAAUGGACCAGUCAAGGGGGAGUAUAG